AUGGUCGCCAUCAAUCAAAUAUUGACCGAAGUCACUCACGUCGUCAUUCGCGCCGCUGCUGCUGAAGACCCUUCAACGACGUCGCAAGCAGCCGCCGCCGAGACGACAACGGAUAACAGCAAUGACAGGAAGGAUAAUGGAGGCGGUUCGAACUCGCCUCUUCUUUUCUUCGUUGCUUUAGGUUUUGGUGUUGUCUUUACGAACUUAUGGAUCAUCGUUGGUGUCAAAUAUUGUUUCCGCUACAAUGCCCGAAAUCGACAAAUGCGAAUGAACGAAGAUGGCGAACCCAUCACCCUCGAAAACAUGCCUCGACCUCAUCGAAGACGUCGUGAGAAGAAGUUGAUGACGAUGGACGAGGUCAACGACAAGUUCCCGAUGAUGAAGUACAAGUCCUGGGUUUCCGAUCGCGCAAAGGAAGGUCUUCCUACUACUGGCGGCGUUUCUGCUCCCCCUUCUCGACCUAAUAGUAUCCGAGAGGCGGAUGGAAUUGUACCAGACUUUUCAGCCAAGGUUCGCGACUCGACCGAUGAACAACCGACCACCAAUGUACCCAAGACGACUGCUCAAGGAGAGAUUACCGGAGCGAGCAAUGCCACCGAGACACCUGUCCCAGAAAUCAACGCCACCCCUGCGGUUGCCGGAGCCGAGAAAUCUAAAGAUGCCCCCGCGACAACAAACGGCCAGAACUCAACCAACCAGACCACAAACAACGGCCAACUUGAGCGAGUCUCUAGUGAGGAUACUGAUGGAGAUGACGAUCACAUUGACGGCGCCUUACCACCCGAAUGUCUCGAGAACCCUGGUGAUACAUGUGCUAUUUGCAUCGAUACACUUGAGGAUGACGAUGACGUUCGUGGUUUAACCUGUGGACACGCUUUCCACGCUGUUUGUGUCGACCCUUGGUUGACCAGCCGACGUGCUUGCUGCCCUCUUUGCAAGGCCGACUACUAUGUCCCCAAGCCUCGACCGGCUCCUGACGCUGCCAAUGAUGCUGGUGCAAACAACGGUUCCAACUUUGACCCUCGAAACAACCCACGCUUUGGUCUACCUGCCGCGAUCCGAUCUGCAUGGGUCAGAGGUCCCCGCAAUGGCCGCAGCGAAACCCCGGCUCCCGCCAGUCGCAGGCGUCGCACAGGUGACGUCCCGGCUGAGCAGGAACCUGUUCAACAGCCUGAGCAAGCUCACCAAACACCAGAAGUUACCCAGACAUCAAAUGGUGGUGUUCUCUCAUCUGUCAGGGGGGCACUACGAUUCGGCCGAAGACGUCAAGCACAGGACAACCAAAAUAGUCCCGAAGCUGUAACGCCAUCACAACUUGAAGCGGCAAACCGUACACCGGCUGCCACGCAAUGA